AUGGCCGACAUUACUUGGAGCGACCCAUCAGAUAUAGAAAAUUUCAAAGGAUACGAAAAAUCAUUCAGAGGUCAAGGUUAUAUUUUUGGUCAAGAUAUGGUAGAAAAGUUUGUCGAAGAUAACAAUUUAGAUUUUAUCACAAGAUCCCAUCAAUUGGUUAAUGAAGGAAUUAAAUGGUAUUAUGACAAUAAGCUUGUUAAUGUAUGGUCGGCUCCAAACUAUGGAUAUGUUAGUAAUAAUAAGGCAGCAAUUUUAAAGUAUGGAUAUACUGGCCCUGGAAGCAAAGAAGAAAUCAUUUUUGAAGCUGUACCUCAAGAAAGACGUAGACCUGCACAGACAGGUACACCACCAUUAUAUUUUUCUUAA